GCUGCGAGUGUCUGUCGUUUCGGUGGUGUUUUGCAUACGUUGCGCGUUGCUUUCAGAGAGCUUUUCGGGACAAUCGGGCCUCUGUUGGGAGAUUAGCAACAGCUGAGAAGACGGGGCAAAAGCGGGGUGGAUAGCCUUUGUAAACAACAAAGCGCGAGUAGAUUUCGGUUGAAGCCCGCGCCGCGUUGAUCGGCGUUGGCCGGCAGGCUGUAUAGUUCGGAUGACCCACGGCACUGGGGGACCAACGUUAGGUUAGGGGCGGUGCACAAAACGGGGGUAACUUCCAAUGGCACUGGUGUGCUAGAGUUCACCGCAGUGUAGCAUACGCAUAGGAGUGAGAAGACUAAUAAUUAUUUACUGCUCUGGACCCUGUGUCAACAGCGCAAUAAACUGCGUUCUUUUGAUGGGCCGUGAUUUAGUGCAGAGAUAACGAUUUUUCCGUCGUCGAGGAUUAUAACUCUCCAAGGUGUGUGUGAAGUACCGAAAGCUGCGUAAGCUUGCGGUUUUUAUAAGGUGAAAAUCGAGUGCUUAGAAUUAACAUUACAAAAAGCCGCCCCGCAGCUGGUCGGGGCCGAAAAUGACUCGUAUUUUUGUGAUUUUCGGCCUAUAAAAACAAAUUUCACCCCUCGUCCGCAGCCCUCCUCCGGUUUCUGUGCACCAGGUGACUCGUGCCGGAAGUAUUCGUGGGUUUUCGUGAGUGGUUAACACGAUAACUGUUGGUGGCUCUCGUGGUACCCGUCGGUUUAAUUCAUCCCUCGGCAGGACGUGCCGUAAUAAAUUUAUGGAAUAAUUUUGGCUGAAGAACAAGACGACGUUUUAAUUAAGUUUCGUUGGCUUUUCGGACGACCCACUGGGGACUCAUUUCCGCAGGACCAUCGGAUGUAAUCAUCGAGAAAUUGAGGAAAAAAGCCGCUCAUCUUGGCUUUUUUCAGCACAUUCACACACACACACACACACGGGCACGGGCUCGAGAUCAAGUAACGGAAGGAAAACGAUAGACAGAGAUUUUCUGCCUUUCUCAGCACUUAACGGAAAGGUGAGGGGGAAAACACAGAACUGAGUGAAGCUGAUAAUUGAGUUUUUCGCGCGCUGACGGGAAAUUGGUGAAAAACACCAAUUUGGACGUGAGUCUCCCCUGCUGAUAAUGGGGGUGUCAUGUGUUUUUUCGAAUCACUCAAUCGAGGGAUGAAAAAUUGUUAGUGAUAGUGAGGAGUAUAAAGUUAUUCUCGCGGAAGAAAAAUCAAUUAUCGGAUAUUUUGCUAACAAUUCCGUCCUCUUGUUUGGGUUCAGGAAGAGAGGGGAGGAAGAAAAAAAAAUGGUAAAAUGAAAGUGAAUUUUCGCAAACAAACAGCAGCGUAAAAAAUUGUGGGUGCAAAGCGAAAAGCGCAAACCGGAAAUUGGUUCUAGUAAUUGAAUUUCUUCGUCCCGAGCUAGGGUGGCAGUGGUGCGGUAAUGUUCUCAAGUGUUUAUUGAAAAUUUAGCGCGAAAAUAGGUUCUGUCCACUGGAGAGUUGCAAUUACAGUGUGUGUGAUCCAAAGACUAUUCCAGUCUAUUCCAGGAUGAAUUGCUGAAAAAUUCAUCGAGCUGAAAAACGACAGUUCCAAUUUCCCACGGUGCUGCAAAUCGAAUCUGAAAACUAUACUACAGCUGAAGCCGCAGCAGCAGAGCAUCUGUUAAAGAGGAAGCUGCAGCACCCAAGAACACUUUUCCUAAUCUAAAUAUGUCGAGCUAAGAAAUGGAGAAGCAUUGCAGCACUAGCGCCUCUGGUGUUCUAGAAUAACAAAACUGGAAUAAUAAUUAAAUUUGCUCUGUUUUUGCGCCCAUUCACCGGAUUCCCUCGGUAGAAGCAUAACUAGCAAUUCAUGUGUGGUAUCGUCGUUCAGAGCAGAAGCUUUUGGCUCUCAUCCGGUCGGAGAACAAUUGCAUCAGUAGCAGCAGCAGCUUCGGACCCAACCGAAACAAGGAUACUCGAUUCCGGGGCGGCGAACGGACGCAUCAGCUGUGGAGCGCAGACGACGGCGCAGGAAGCGGAGAAAAGGCUGAAAAUGAGGAAAAAUAUGAGAUCGAUGACGUGUUUCGUGAUAUUUCAGCUGAUUUUCAACAUGAAUUAUGGAUUAUGCUCCGGCCGGCCGAAACCGUUCAUUUCCACAAUUGAUAUCGACGGACCGACGGUCGCACCGAAAUUUAUGACCCGGGGCCACCUCUACAAGGCCAUCAUCGGUGACUCGAUCGAGCUGCCGUGCAAAGUGAAAGAUUUAGGGUCCUACGUGCUGCUGUGGCGUCGGGGGACAUCGGUGCUGACGGCGGCCAAUUUGAUGGUGACACGUGAUCCUCGCUUCAAGCUGGUCGAGGGCUACAAUUUGCAGAUAGCGAACGUAAAAAUUCAGGACGCCGGCGAUUAUAUUUGCCAGAUCGGUGAUAACGACGGCCGGGACCAGGUGCACACGCUGGAAAUACUCGUGCCUCCGACGAUACGAGUGGUCCCCCAGAAUCGACAAAUUACGGCCCGCAAAGGAAGCACCGUAUCGCUCGAGUGCAAAGCCUCGGGAAAUCCGGUCCCGGCUAUCUAUUGGCACAAAAAGGAUUCGUUCGCGGGCGCUUCCCAUCUGUCCGAGAGCCCGACGCUGGUCCUGGAUAACGUCGAUCGGCACCACGCUGGGGUCUAUCAGUGCACGGCGGACAACGGAGUCCGGGAGGCGGUCCACGCCGACAUCGAAGUAACGGUUCUGUCCCCACCGGACAUCACCGUAGAGAAGACUUGGGUCCAUGCCAGCGAGGGUUUCGACAUCGAUCUGGUGUGUACGGUACACGGAGACGUCAACUCUGCGAUGCUGUGGUUCCAGAACUCGUUCCUGCUGGAUCCAACGGACCGCCGGUCAAUGUUCUCGAAGGGCGACAAGUACACACUGAACAUUCGUAACUUCCAGCAGUCCGAUUUCGGUAACUACAGCUGCGUGGCAGACAACGCUCUGGGGCGGACGAAAAAGUUCAUCGAGGUCUCGGGCCGUCCCGGACCGGCGACGUUCCUCUCGCCGGCCUACAGCAACCACCUCGAUCGGUACAAUCUGACCUACACAAUCGAAUCGAUACCACCGCUGGACGAGAUAAAACUACUGUAUCGGAAGCUAAUGAUGAACGAAACAUAUCAACAUCCGGGCAGCUGGGAGGACACGAUUUUAGUGCCAACAUUAACCCGCUCGGAUCCGACGCAUUUUAUUAUGUCGCAUGUGAUAAAGGGAUUAUCGCCGAACUCCGUGUACGAGGUGAUGAUCCAGGCGCGGAAUAUGCACGGCUGGAACGAGAUCAGUGACAUCCAUCAGUUCUACACGCGUAACUACGAGCUGGCGCUGAACGAAUUGGAAUUCGUGAUGAGCUCGAUCUCCAACAGUGGAGCCAUCCGGCUGUUUGUAGGCUCGCUCGUAAUUAAUUUACUCGCAAUUAUCGCUGUGCUGGCUCAUUAAUUAUUCAACGAGAUCCGCGCUCCUCUUGGGGAGAAAUCUGAGCAAAUCAACCGACCGAUCCCCGCUCCCCUUCCCGCUGAAUUCCCCACGAAAACAAACAAUCAUUGGAAAAACAUCAUCAGUGACAUUUCGUCCUCGCUGAGAAAAGGAGGAAACAAUCUCAAACGCAAACUCCGAAGUCGAGUCGAAGAGUUAAAUUUUAGACAAUUGCUGGAAGGAACUUUUAUACAUCGAUGGCAGUUUUAACCGAUGAUAGUAGGAAACAAGCAGACCCAAUAUAAAGAGCAGGAAACCGAUCCUUUUUUUGUUUGGUAAUCCCCCUCUUCUAAUAUACCAAAGUGAUAACUGAACUGAGAAUUCCAUAUGAGCAUAGCUGUAGCAAAUUAGUGGUAAAGUCAUAGAAAUAUCCCUUUCGUAGACGGAUGAAGAGAAAUUUGGGUAAACGAAAAACAAAAAAAAAUCAGACAUUCAAAUUCGAAAAAAAAAACAAAUCGGAUCGUAAGUGAAAAGCUUUAGCAAUUAAAACCACAAGUUAUCACAAUAAUAAAAAAAGCUAUGACGCGAGUAUGACGAGUAUGUACAUAGAGCGAUUGCAAACGGAACUCCGGUAGUUUCGGAAGUCGGCACGAGAGAGCGAAUCCAAAGGGUAAGUGGUUGGGAUGCGUCCAGCAGUAGAUGGCUAAUAAGUAUAUAAAAAAAAAAUCACACUAGAUAUCGGUGGUCAGUGUUUUAGCGGAACGUAAAUAUGUGAUUUAGAUUAUGUCUGUUCAACAAUUGAAUGUAUGUGUGUAUUUUUCCGUAUCGUAUGUGAUCGUAUACAUUAUCGAGGAGCAAAUCGGCAGAGAUGCUAUCGGGUGUAGCUUCCCAACACAUGGUGCAGGGAUUUGGGAAGGGAGGAGGUAGGGGUGGUGGAUUUAGAUGCGGGAGGAGUUCCAGCAAUUUAAAGGAUGUGAUCAUCCAGUGAUAUUCAUCCAUCAACAAUGGCUGGCCAUUGUUAAAUAUUCAUUAUUGAUGAGUUUCAUGACGCUCAAAAUAACAAUUCGGCUGAAAGGUUCAUAAGGUUGACGUCUAGAAAUCUACUUGACUAUCACAAAGCAUCAUCUUUCAAUAGAUACAUGCCAAAAUUUGACAGCAAUCAAUCGAUUGGUUCGUGAGUUACAGCAUUUGAGAGUGAAGCAACUUGUGUUAUUGUGAAAAAAAAUGGAAAAAUCAGAAUUUCAUGUAUUGAUAAAGCUUCGAAUUGCUUCCGCAUCCAUCGUAUUCUCCAGAUCUGGCCCCAGCGACUAUUUUCUGUUCGCAGAUCUGACGAGAAUGCUUGCUGGCAAAAAAUUUAAGACCGAUGAUGAAGUGAUUACCGAAACUGAGGCCUAUUUUGGAAAAACCGAAAGAGUACUAUAAAAAUGGUAUCGAAAAGUUGCAAGAUCGCUAUAAUCGCUGUAUCGCCCUCGAAGGCAAUUAUGCUGAGUAAUAAAAUUGAAUUUUGCAAAACAAAAAAGUUAUACUGUGUUACUUUAUAAACUUUUCAGCCGAACUGUUACUUCAUAUUAUGCUCUUGAUUCUGAUGUUGAAGGACUUCCGAAAUCGUGCAUUCCGCUGACGUUUUUGAAGGUCCUCUGGGAUGCACUGAACGGACUAUUAUGCCCGUAACUCUUCGGCAGCUGAAACGGGAUGUAGCUCCAUAGUACACGUUGUGGAACGUUGAAAUCGAUCAGUAUCAGAAGUUCAGGACAUUCGAUAAUGUCCCGUAGUGGUUCAAACAUAAUCAUCUUUAAGUCUCAUUCACCGGGUCUUUCGAUGGGAGAUUCCUUAACGUAUAUCAGAUGAAUUCACGUUGUUCCUGACAGCAAGAGAUGUUUGCAUUGCAUAUUCCAAGAGACUGCCGAAUAAACGCAGGGUGCUUUCAAAGUCAAGACGUCUUUAAAGUUGGGUGUUCGGAAUUCUGCUGUCACUGUUGAGGUGCACUCAAGGAAGCGGAAUUAAGAGUUCAUGGUUACUCGUAUGUCAUAUAUCGAGGUAGUUCGGUAUAUAGUAACUUCCGCUUCGUCGUAUGUAUGAUAUAUGGUUAUACUACCUUGAUCAACCUACCUACCUUGAAGUUCCCGGAAUCACCAACGUGUGGCGCUCUCAGUCACCUGUUUUUAUUUUUAAUUUUUAUGUAGGUUGGCACAUCUGUCAUUGACAUUUUAUAAAAUUUGUAGUAUGAUAGUUUUACAUUUCUAAAAGUUACGCUGUAUUGAGUACAUCUGCUGUUGUGCAUACCUCGAUUUUUUGCAAUUUGCAAAAUUUUCAAAAUCAAUCGUUAUUCGUGAACAUUUGGCUAAAAACGGAACGAAUACCAUUCAGCAACCACCGAAUUCACCUGAUUUGGCUCCCUGCGGCUUUUUCCUAUUCGAACGCCUCUAAAAACCACAAUUCACCACCUGAGAUGAGAUAAUGGAUGACGCUGAUGGUCAUACCGCAAAUCGAAUAUAAUAAAGGAUUAGAUCAAGCGCUGGCAUAAGUGCGUUGCAGCCGAUGGGAGUACAGUAAUGCUUCUGAAUCCGGACGCUUUUUAAUCCGGACACUUUUUCAUUACAUUCAAUAUCAUGCCAUGACAUUUUUUGCAUGUUGCAAUAAUGUGACUGACAGUUACUAUUGUGUCAAUUUAGUUUAGUGUACCUAUGGUGAAAUGGACAGUCACAUCCAAUGCAUGACGGAAAGUGAAGGGAAAAAUACUGAACUCUUUUUUAUAUUGCAUUCUCUUUUUGUUCUAUUUCAUUUACUGGACGCACAAACACUGAGAGAGAGUGAAAUUAUUCCUCUCGCGAGCGAUAAACCUCUACGCUUCGUAUAUUAUGAACCUGUCCAUAUCCCCCCGCACCGAUAAAAAUGUUGUACUUUUCGGCUUGUUUUAAUUUCAGUAAAAAACAUGGAAAAACACAUUUUUAUAAAACAUUUGGCCAGUUAUUUCGAAAACCAGUAUAUUGAACUGUAAGAAACUGCUUUUAAAUUUUUGAAAACAUGAGUUUCCUAAGAUACAAUUGAAGUUUUCCUUAACAUGUCCGUCUUACCCCCAUCUUCCCUACCUAAUAUCGCUUCUCUGUCAACUCACAAACCGAAAUAUAACAAUCAGCGAAUUAAAUUUUGCAAUUAAACCUCUCAAAAUGCUUAAUAUCGAAGCCGCAAAAGUUACAUCCACACGCGGAAUCAUGUUUGAUUUUCGGUUUUUGUUUCUCUAUUCCACUUUUGAUCAGUAUUCAUUGUCAUAGGAUGGUUUAAAUUUUAUAGAAUAGCAUGUAGAAGGGUUUCCCAUUAACAGAAAUUUAAAAUUCAUAAUGCAACUAUACAAAUCAACUACCUCUCCCAUAUAUUCCCACUGUCCGUCUAACCUGCAGCUCCCCUACUUUUUCGUUGUGUAUCGGGACAUUCUGCCGAAUUUGCAGCCAUUUGAUUGGGAUUUAGUUUGUUCAACAAGCAGAGUGAAACAGAUUAUUGUAACCUUUCGUUUGUUUUUGUCGUAGUUUCUGCUGCUCUCUGCGCUGUGUCUAAUCUUCCGAUCGGACGAAUAAGCACUCCGAAAAUAUUUCCAUUACAUGAAAUUUAUUUAUUUAUUCUACACAAUAUAUCUAUUACAUGGAUCUUGUGUUUCAUCUAUUUAGAUUUAGAGAUUCUCCACCGCUUUCACAAGAAAUUCAAACUGCUUGCAAUUCUUCACACGCGCUGUGAAAAUUGAUAAUAAAUUGAAAUGAAUGAUAUAUAUAUAAUACCAUAACUAUCGAUUCUUUACGAUCAAAACAACAAAUUACUAUUUCUCUACCAUUUUCCAUUUGUUUUUGUGCGCUGUCGACACCUCAAGACAUAUCGACGAUUGUCACCUAGAAUUAUCAGCUCAUGUGAUAAUCGUCACGUAUAUUUGAGAGCGGGAAUACGCUGAGAGUUCAUUCAAGUGAGAUCUCUCACGACAUACGCCUGGUGGAAUCGCGUGACAUACGCGACAAUUGUCAUCUCACCUCACACGCCACGCAGAAUCAGGCCGUAUGAUGCAACCACACAACAGUCAGCUUUAACCGUCGAUUCUCUUGUUGUUGCUGCUUGAGAAACACUUUCGGCUGACACGUUGAAUGGUUUCGCUUACAAAUAAUUGAAACCACAAAAAAAAACAUUAGAGGCAUGUUUUCUGCCUCGUGACAAUGCAAAUUGCCUCUGUAACUUAGAACAACAUGUUUCUCCUUAUUUACUAGCUUGCGACCCCGAAGAAAACUUCCAACUUUUUAUAAUGUCGUACCAGACUAAUGAAAAAGAAAAUAAUUUCCAUUAUUCAGUUGUUUACAUUGUUCCUCUCGGAAGCAAACGAGGCCCGAAACAAAAUGAACUUAUCCAAGAAGCAGUAGCCCAUUUUCUCGAAAACUUUAGCCGACAACUUGGCCACCCAACCCGGUUGGAUAAGCUUGUGUUUCUUCCUUCCUCGACCAUGCCCGCUACAAAGCGGCAAUACGCAACCAUUUCUCCAAAUUCGCUGCCAACUAAUGGAUGUUUUGGACCUGAGACCGAUUCCGCGGUCAUGAAUAUUACAUGUAAAGCUACGCUAUUUUCACAUCAAACUACUCGGAAAUCGCGCCGUCCCAUCGGGUUCGAUUAUUGAAAGAGGGCUCUUCUCGGAUAUCCUCCACAGCAUCAAAACAACUUCCACCUGGUAAAUUCACCCAUUCCUGUUCUCCUCCCAUCAAUUGACAGCCACUAUUUCUAAGAGUUGGAAACAAGCAACGGAAACCUGCUAUUUUACCGUAAACUAUUUUGCUCCACGAAGAUACAGAGAAAAGAAACACCGUUUCACCAUCCCUUCGCAGCAUUUGGUACCGAAGGAGGAGGAACUCCAGACAGCGGAAACCCGGUAGAAGUUUAGGAUCCGGAUUGUGGAGCCGCGCGUCAAGUUUUACAAUCUGUGAGACGAUCAUUUGAUAAAUAUUUGAUUAAAAUAAAGUGCCUUAUGGAUCAUUUCGUUACCUGUUUCUGUUUCUGUUUCUCUCUGUCUUUCUGUCUCGCUCUCUCCCGCGCUGCCAUAUGUAUAUUUGAUAUGGAUACAGUUGGCGGCGAGGAGUAGUGGGAGAGAAAAGCUGAAACCGGAGCGACUCAGUCCGCUCCGCGGAGUUUGCCGGUAAUGGAUGUCCACUUUAGGGAUUCUUUUUUAUAAUCUGAAUCGUAGAUAAGCUAGAGGGUACUCAUGGUUAUAAGCGUGUGAAAGUGUAUAGUAGAAAAUCGACGGGUAACGUCGUUGUUAGGGUUUAGAUUGCUAUUGAACGUAAUUGGAUGCUUUACCAGAUGAGCUGAACAGCCAGCGGUAGUCGGAUUUGUGUUUUGUAGUUUUAGUUCAAUCCAAUUAACGUUGAUGAUAUCCGAUAAUGGCCGCCAGUAUUUACAGGCGGAUUGCAAUUUCAAACAAACCGAACGCAAAAAGUAAUCAAUUAGAACGAGUAACAAUAGUUGUAUAUACAAUGAAGAUAAACACUACACUGUGUACCCCGUGAAUCAUGGUCGGCAAAGAAAGUAAACAAUCAUAACUAACAUUCGAUGAGGAUACGCAUAGCUCGGGAAUACUGUCCAUGAAAGACAGAAAAAAAAACAAUUUAAAACAAUAGGACCGACGAGAUAAAAAAGUUAAGCAAACGAAUGUAAUUAAUUUUGAAAUCACUUUCGGUAAAUGAACUCUGUACAGCAUAAACAAACCGAGGGGAAACAAGCCAUCCCGAGCGUAAACUAUUUUAUAAAAGUGAAACCAGCACGAUUCGAUGCAAAAAUAUGAUGAUAUAAUGGCACUUGUAAAUAAUAAACGCAAAAAGUAGCAUUAAUAAAAGGAGAAUGAAAAAAAAUGUGUAAAAUUUACGGUCCUGGUAAUAAAAAAACAAGCUCUCAGAGUAAAGCA